AUGUCGGUGUUCAGGCUGGGUGACCAUGUGUGGCUGGAGCCUGCCUCUACCAACAAGGCUGAAGUGGCUAUCGGGGGCAUCAUCAAAGAAACCAAGCCAGGCAAGGUCUUGGUCGAGGAUGACGAGGGCAAGGAACACUGGAUUCAAGCAGAGGACUUUGGUGUUCUUAGCCCCAUGCACCCCAACUCUGUUGAGGGUGUAGACGACAUGAUCCGCCUGGGGGACCUGAACGAGGCAGGCAUGGUGCACAACCUCCUGAUCCGCUAUCAGCAGCACAAGAUCUAUACAUACACAGGCUCCAUCCUGGUGGCCGUGAACCCCUUCCAGAUGCUGCCCCUGUACACCCUGGAGCAGGUGCAACUCUACUAUGGCCGCCACGUGGGGGAGCUGCCCCCGCAUGUCUUCGCCAUUGCCAACAGCUGCUACUUCAGCAUGAAGAAGAACAAGAAGGACCAGUGCUGUGUCAUCAGUGGUGAGUCUGGGGCUGGAAAGACGGAGACCACCAAGCUCAUCUUGCAGUUCCUGGCCACUGUCAGUGGCCAGCAUUCCUGGAUUGAGCAGCAGGUCCUGGAGGCUAAUCCCAUCCUGGAAGCCUUUGGAAACGCCAAGACCAUCCGCAACGACAACUCCAGCCGCUUCGGGAAGUACAUAGACAUCUACUUCAACGCCAGCGGGGUGAUCGAGGGUGCACGCAUUGAGCAGUUCCUCCUGGAGAAGUCCCGAGUCUGCCGGCAGGCUGCAGAGGAGCGGAACUACCACAUCUUCUACUGCAUGCUCAUGGGGAUGAGUGCGGAGGAGAAGCAGCUGCUGGGCCUGGGGAUGCCCUCUGAGUACCACUACCUGACCAUGGGAAAUUGCACCUCCUAUGAGGGGCUCAAUGAUGCCAAGGACUAUGCCCACGUUCGCUCAGCCAUGAAGAUCCUUCUCUUCUCCGACUCUGAGAACUGGGACAUCAGCAAACUGUUGGCAGCCAUUCUCCACUUGGGGAAUGUGGAGUUUAUGGCUGCAGUCUUCGAGAACCUGGACUCCUCUGAUGUAAUGGAGACACCCACCUUUCCCAUCAUGAUGAACUUGCUGGAGGUGCAGUACCAGGCGCUCCGAGACUGUCUGAUCAAGCACACCAUUCUUAUCCGUGGGGAAUAUGUCACCAGGCCCCUGAACAUCACCCAGGCUGCAGACCGGAGGGAUGCCUUUGUCAAGGGCAUCUAUGGACACCUCUUCCUGUGGAUUGUCAAGAAGAUCAACGCUGCAAUCUUCCCGCCACCUGCCCAGGACCCCAAAAAUGUGCGGAGGGCUAUCGGCCUCCUGGACAUAUUUGGCUUUGAAAAUUUCCAGAACAAUAGUUUUGAGCAACUCUGCAUCAACUUCGCCAAUGAGCACCUGCAGCAGUUCUUUGUGCAGCACGUUUUCACCAUGGAGCAGGAGGAGUACCGCUCAGAGAACAUCUCCUGGGACUACAUCCACUAUACCGACAACCGGCCCACCCUGGACCUGCUGGCCCUCAAGCCCAUGAGCGUCAUCUCCCUCCUAGAUGAAGAGAGCCGCCUCCCACAGGGUACAGAUAUCACCAUGCUGCAAAAACUGAACAGUGUCCACGCCAACAACAAAGCCUUCCUGAAACCCAGGAAUAUCCACGAUGCCCGAUUUGGCAUUGCUCACUUUGCUGGCGAGGUUUACUACCAGGCCGAAGGCUUCCUGGAGAAGAACCGAGAUAUGCUGAGUGCAGAUAUCCUUACCCUGGUUUACUCCUCCAAAAACAAGUUCCUGAGAGAGAUAUUCGAUCUGGAGUCUGCAGAAAUCAAGCUGGGCCACGGCACCAUCCGUCAGGCAAAGACUAGGAAUCAGUUCUUCAAGGGUACAGACUCCACCAAGCGGCCCUCCACCUUGGCAUCUCAGUUCAAACAGUCCCUGGAUCAGCUGAUGAAAAUACUGACCAACUGCCAGCCCUACUUCAUCCGCUGCAUCAAACCCAACGAGUACAAGAAGCCGCUGCUCUUCGACCGGGAGCUGUGUAUCCAGCAGCUGCGCUACUCCGGCAUGAUGGAGACCGUGCACAUCCGCAAGUCUGGCUUCCCCAUCCGCUAUACGUUUGAGGAAUUUUCGAAGAGAUUCCGAGUGCUGCUGCCCAGCGCUGAGCGCAAGCCACUUCAAGACAAGUUUCGCCAGAUGACCUUGUGCAUCACCGAGGUGUGUCUGGGGAUAGAUAAAGAAUGGAGAGUGGGAAGGACCAAAAUUUUCCUGAAGGAUCACCAGGACACCCUGCUGGAGAUACAGAGGAGCCAGGCGCUGGAUGAAGCAGCGAUCAGAAUCCAGAGAGUCAUGCGAGGCUACAAAUACAGGAAGGAGUUCCUGCAGCAGAGGCGGGCAGCUGUGACCCUCCAGGCAGAGUGGCGAGGCUACUGCAGCAGGAAGAAUUUCAAGCUGAUCCUGGUGGGCUUUGAGCGCCUGCAGGCCAUUGCCCGAAGCCACCAGCUGAUGAGGCAGUUCCAGGCCACGCGGCAGAGGAUGGUGCAGCUGCAGGCCCGCUGCAGGGGCUACCUGGUGCGCCAGCAAAUUCAGGCCAAGAGGAGAGCUAUAGUGACCAUUCAGGCACAUGCCAGGGGCAUGGCUGCCCGGCGGAGCUUCCAGAGGCGGAAAGCCAAGGGACCUCUGGUCAUCCCGGUCAAAGAGCAGAAGAAUGAAAAUCAAAAUGUUCUCCCUUCCAAGAAGCGCAAGUCCAUCUAUGAUACUGUCACUGACACAGAAAUGGUGGAGAAGGUGUUUGGCUUCCUUCCAUCCAUGAUUGGGGGCCAGGAAGGCCAGGCCCCAACUGGUUUUGAGGAUCUGGAAGUGAAGACCCAGAAUAAACUACCCGAGAUUGACCUGGAUACAGUCCCCAUGUUGAAAGAGCCAGAGGAGGAUGUGGAUGGCCUGGCUGAGUACACCUUUCCCAAGUUUGCUGUGACGUACUUCCAGAAAUCAGCCACCCACACACAUAUCCAGGGGCCCCUACGAUACCCACUACUCUACCACGAGGAUGACACAGACUACUCGGCUGCCCUGGCCGUGUGGAACAUCAUACUGAGGUUCAUGGGUGACCUUCCAGAGCCAGUGCUGUAUGCCAAGAACAGUCUGAGUGGCAGCCCAGUAAUGCAGCAGAUCCACAACACACUGGACAAGGAGAACGGACCCAGGGGACCACAGCAUGGAUCUGCACAGGUGGCCAGCCAGUUGAAUAUCGGAGAGGAGCCAUUUGACCUUGAUGGCCCCAUCUCAGAACGACCCAUGUCCAACCUGGAGAAGGUGCACUUCAUUGUGGGCUACGCCAUUCUGCGACCUAGCCUCAGGGAUGAGAUUUACUGCCAGAUCUGCAAACAGCUCUCGGGAAACUCCAGGAAGAGCAGCACGGCCCGGGGCUGGAUCCUGCUCAGCCUCUGUCUGGGCUGCUUCCCACCCUCAGAGAGGUUCAUGAAGUAUCUGCUGAACUUCAUUGGUCAAGGGCCAGCAGGCUAUGGACCCUUCUGUGCUGAGCGCCUGCGGCGUACCUAUGCCAAUGGGGUGCGGGCAGAACCUCCCACGUGGCUGGAGCUUCAGGCUGUCAAGUCCAAGAAGCACAUCCCCAUCCAAGUCAUCUUGGUGACUGGGGAGAGCCUGGCCGUCAUGGUGGAUUCAGCCUCCACAUCACAAGAAAUCUGCCAGCACAUUGCCCAAAAGAAGGGCCUCAGAGACCACCUGGGCUUCUCCCUGCAGGUCGCUGUGUAUGACAAGUUCUGGUCCCUGGGCAGCGGGCGUGACCACGUGAUGGACGCUGUGGCCCAGUGUGAGCAACUGGCCCAGGAGAAGGGCGCGAGCCAGCGCCAGUCACCCUGGCGCAUCUACUUCCGGAAGGAAUUCUUCACCCCCUGGCACGACUCCCAGGAGGACCCUGUCAGCACCGAGCUCAUUUACCGGCAAGUCCUCCACGGAGUCUGGUCUGGCGAGUACAGCUUUGAGAAGGAAGAAGAGCUGGUGGAGCUGCUGGCCCGGCACUGCUACGUGCAGCUUGGUGCUUCCCUGAGAGGUAGAGCUGUCCAGGAGCUGCUGCCCGGCUGUGUCCCCCCCAAGCUGUACAAGACCAAGCCCCCAGAGAAGUGGGCUAGCCUUGUCACUGAUGCCCAUACCAAGGCCCCGUACACCCAGACCCGAGCCACGACGUUGGCUGUGCAGGAGCAGGUGGUGGACACUGCCCUCCUGCAGUGGCCACUCCUCUUCUCCCGGCUCUUUGAAGUCACCACGCUGUCUGGUCCCCGCCUCCCCAAGACACAGCUGAUCUUGGCUGUUAACUGGAAGGGGCUGUACUUCCUGGAUCAGCGGGAGAGGACGCUCCUGGAACUCUCCUUCCCAGAGAUCAUGGGCCUGGUCACCAACAGGGAGGCCAAGGGAGGGCAGAGACUGCUGCUCUCCACACUGCACGAAGAGUACGAGUUCGUGUCCCCCAGCUGUGUGGCCAUCGCCGAGCUGGUGGCCCUGUUUCUGGAGGGCCUGAAGGAGAGGUCCGUGUUCGCCAUGGCCCUGCAGGACAGGAAGGCCACAGAUGAUGUCACCCUCCUGCCCUUCAAAAAGGGGGAUUUGAUAAUCCUGACCAAGAAGCAGGCCCUGCUCGCCUCUGAGAGCUGGACCCUGGGCCAGAACGACAGGACUGGCAAGACGGGGCUGGUGCCCACCGCCUGCCUCUACACCAUCCCAACGCUUAACAAGCCCUCGUCCCAGCUGCUGAGCUUGCUGGCCAUGUCACCAGAGAAGCGGAAGCUGGCGGCCCAGGAAAAGCAGCCCUCAGAGCCCCUGCCGGAGGAGCAGCCCAAGGAGAAGCUGCACACCCUAGAGGAGUUCUCCUACGAGUUCUUCAGGGCCCCAGAGAAGGAAACGGUCAGCAGAGCCAUGAUGCCCCUAACCCGCGCCCGGGGCCACCUGUGGGCCUUUUCCCCGGAGCCACUACGGCAGCCCCUGCUCAAGCGCGUCCAUGACAGAGCUGACCUGCGGGACGCCGCCUGCCAGAUCUUCCAUGCCAUCCUCAAGUACAUGGGGGACUACCCCUCCCGGCAGGCCUGGCCCACCCUGGAGCUCACAGAUCAGAUCUUCUCACUGCCCCUGCAGGACUCAGCCCUGCAGGACGAAGUCUACUGCCAGAUCCUGAAGCAGCUGACCCAGAACUCCAACAGGUACAGCGAGGAGCGCGGCUGGCAGCUCUUGUGGCUCUGCACGGGCCUCUUCCCACCUGGCAAGGCCCUGCUGCCCCAUGCCCAGAAGUUCCUAGACACUCGGAGGAAGAAGCUGCUGGCCCCUGACUGCAGCCGCCGCAUCCAAAAGGUCCUGAGGACAGGACCUCGGAAGCAGCCCCCGCAUCAGGUGGAGGUGGAGGCCGCAGAGCAGAAUGUCUCCCGAAUAUGCCACAAGAUCUACUUCCCCAAUGACACCAACGAGAUGCUGGAAGUGGGCGCCAACACUCGGGUGCGAGACGUGUGUGAGAGCAUCGCCACCAGGUUACAGCUGGCCUCCUGGGAAGGCUGCAGCCUCUUCAUCAAGAUCUCAGACAAGGUCAUCAGCCAGAAAGAAGGAGACUUCUUUUUCGACUCCUUGAGGCAUAUGUCUGACUGGGUAAAGAAGAACAAGCCCCAGAAAGAAGGGGCCCCCGUGACACUCCCUUACCAGGUGUACUUCAUGCGGAAAUUGUGGAUCAACGUGGCCCCAGGGAAGGACGUGAAUGCAGACACCAUACUCCACUACCAUCAGGAGCUACCCAAGUACCUGCGUGGGUUCCACAAGUGUUCCCGGGAAGACGCUGUCCACCUGGCGGGCCUCAUCUACAAGGCCCAGUUUGAUAAUGACCGGUCCCAGCUGGCUAGUAUACCCAAGAUCCUGAGGGAACUGGUGCCCGAGAAUCUCACUCGCCUGAUGUCCUCCGAGGAGUGGAAAAAGAGCCUCCUCGUGGAAUGUGAUAAGCACAAAGACAAGACCGUGCAGGAGGCCAAGGUGGCCUUCCUCAAGUGGAUCUGCCGGUGGCCCACCUUUGGGUCAGCCUUCUUUGAGGUGAAGCAAACCUCAGAGCCGUCCUAUCCAGACAUUGUCCUCAUCGCCAUCAACCGUCACGGGGUCCUGCUCAUCCACCCCAAGACCAAGGACCUGCUCACCACCUACCCCUUCACUAAGAUCUCCAGCUGGAGCAGUGGUAGCACCUACUUCCACAUGGCACUGGGGAGCCUGGGCCGGGGGACGCGCUUGCUGUGUGAGACCUCUCUGGGCUACAAGAUGGACGACCUGCUGACAUCCUAUGUGCAACAGCUCCUGAGCGCUGUGAACAAACAAAGAGGCCCCCGGGCCCCAUCACUGGCCAGCACUUAA